UCAACCCGCGCCCCGCUCAUGGCCGCCGCAUGGCCGCGGCGGCCUUAAAGGGACAGGCCCUGGGGGGAGGGGGGCCGCCCGCGCACAAAAUGGCGGCGGCGGCGGGCGGGCGGCGGCAGCAGCGCACGGGAGAUCUACACAAAGCUCCUAGGUCUACAUCAGCCGCAGAUGGACUCUCUGCAACUUCGUAUAUAGAUUACCCAAAGUACAAGCCAUUCAUCAACUCAGAUCUGCUGCGCUCCCCACAGAAGCCAGUAAUUCCAUAUCCUGAGAGUAACAGCAGAGCAAUAUUUUCUGCUCUGAAGAAUCUCCAGGAAAAAAUUCGUCGGCUGGAGUUGGAGCGGCUUCAGGCAGAAGAGAAUGUCAAACACCUCAGCAGAGAAACAGCAGACUACAAGAAAGUACUGAGCGAGCAAAUGCAGCACAGGGAGCAGGACAGAACUGAGGUGUCAAAGAAAAAUCAAGAGCUGGCUUCUCAGCUGGCAGCUGCUGAGUCUCGGUGCAGCCUCUUAGAGAAACAGCUGGACUACAUGAGAAAAAUGAUCCAGCACGCUGAAAAUGAGAAGUCACAUCUCUUGGAGAAACAGGGCUCAUUGGAGAGAGACCGGCUCAAUCAAUCCCAAGUCCAGUCUAAAUUGGAAAAGCUGGAUAUGCUGGAAAAAGAGUACACCAGGCUUACUACCAUGCAGUCCAUAGCAGAGAAAAAAAUGAAAGAGCUGGAACAGAAGCUUCAGGAGGAAGAACAUGCAAGGAAGCUUGUUCAGGAAAAAGCAGCUGAGCUUCAGACAGGCCUGGAAACCAACAGACUGUUGAUUCAAGCAGCAUCACCAUUGCUUUCUCCAAAAGCAAGAAAACCCAAGAAAAAAACUAAGCAGCCAGAGAAGAAAUGCUCUCUCACAGGCCAUCUCACUACGCAGCCCCAUUACAGACUGUGUCUGGGCGAUGUACCCUUUGUAGCUGGGAAGUCUACUAGUCCCAGCCAUUCAGUUGGCGCCAACGUGCAACACGUCCUGCACCUGAUGAAACAGCACACCAAAGCUUUGUGUAACAACCGUGUGGUCAACGAUACCCCGCUAGCAAAAUCCAUCAGUACUGGUCAUCCUGCCAGCAAGAGCAGAAAGUCAUCACUGCCAAAGGACUCUUCCUCAUCCCACGAAGAACUCUCAGAAGUUCUGCUGACUUUACAGGAUGAAUUCGGGCAGAUGAGUUUUGACCACCAGCAGCUGUCAAAGCUUGUCCAGGAAGCUCCAACCGUUGCAGUGAGGGAAGAUCUGGAGAGGGAACUUGAGACACUGGUGGGAAAGAUGGAGGCCAAGGCAGACCAGAUCAGCAAGGUCCGGAGGCAUCGGCUGCAGCUAGAGAGACUGAAGAGAGAAUACAAGUCCAAAAAGACUCCUGCUAAACAAAUAAAAGACAGCAGGCGCCCCGUCAGUGAGGUUAAAGUAACAACUACAGUAACCACGAAAGGGAAGGAUGCUGGUCCCAUCAAAGUGAAACCUGGGGAGAAGAGUCGGAAAAAUCUUCAGUUGUUGAGAGACAUGCAGAGCAUACAAACCUCGCUACAGAAAGACGAUAUCAGCUGGGACUACUGACUGGCCUACGGGAGAUGUUCCUGAAACCACCCCAGUCAAGCUUGCUCACAUUCUGGAUAUAAAGCAGCUGCCUUUCUCUCUGUGUGAAAGAGACUACUGUAUGCUAAGUGCACUUUGGAAAUAAGGGUCCUUAAUUCUCCCACCUGUGGGUUUGGUUGUAUAUACUGUGGCCUAGUUCAAAGUGCAUUCUAUUUCUAAGGUAUCCAAGCACAGGUCUCCCCCUGCCAGUCCCUCUCGUGUUAGGAUUCCAGCAGUCCUUCCCUUUUUUCUUUCAGCGCACCAAACAACGCGGUGUUUAUGUGGGUUGGCUCGUGUGAAAUGCCAGUGUGAUUUCACACUGCUGUUGAACUCCUUUGUGUUGGGAGGCUUCUCAAGAUGCAUCCAUUUGAAAAGUGCCAUGUCCCUAAGUCUUGAGGGCUUCUGUCAGUUCUGAUCUGUGUGCAGCUGCAGUUACUGCAGUGUUUUAGUGUAAAAGGGAGAACAGGUAAACUCCUUUUUUAAAGUGUUUUUAGUUCUCAAAAAGCUUUCCUAGUUCUGCACAUUCCAUUAGUCAGCAUUAAUGGCAGUGGAUGUUUGUGUACUCAAAAGGAGCAAAGUGACUUCCAAAUUAUUUUGCUUAAUGAUUGUGUUUAAGUCUGAAGAGUAAACUUUUCUUCAGAACUUGUACUUUACGAAAAGGCUAUAGGAAAUGUGGAUAACAUCCCUUCUUCUAGUCCAUGGCUUUGGGCAGUGAAGGAGUGAGAUAAACCACAAGUUUUAAAUUGCAAGUGCCUCAAUCAUGCCAUUCAGUCCUGGCAUCUUGCUUUUAACUUGAAAUACGUGCUUUAAUGAGCUAUCGAUCUUGGUAGUGGUGCAACUCGUUUUGUACUGACUUGCACAGCUGAGUGAAUGUUAUUUAUUAUGUUAAUAAUGUAAAGAAUUUCCUAUUAAUGGAAUGUAUAGAAGACCCAGAUUAUCUGUUUAUACAGUCGAAAAACAAUAAAGCCAGCUUGCCUGUUGAAU